AUUACUAAAUAUAACGGCCAGGAACUAACGGCUAUUGCUUCAUUUCCUGUGGAAGAGCAAGUCAUAUUUCCAUCAGUUUAUUAAAAAAAAAACAAGCAAGAAAAUCAAAUUACUUUCACGAUGUUUAUGGUUUUGUGUAAUAAAUGCUUUUGGCCAAAAACUGUUGAGAACAAAAACAAAUUUUACUUGUCAAAUUGUGGACAUAUCUAUUGCGAGCAGUGCGUGCCUACAGGGCCAUGUCACUUAUGCAACCAGCCUUACGUAUCUCGAGUGGUCGAUGCCAAUAUGAGUAAAGCAAUGGCAGUUUAUUUUGAAUCACCUAAUAGUUCAUUUCGACGGUUCCAAAAAAUUGUACAGUUUCAAACAAUGCAGGACUCAUUGUUUGCUCAACACUGGGUCAAUUUCAUGCCAACACAAAUACAGGAAUCAAAGAAAAGACUUGAUGGUAUGACAAGAAUCGAUGCACAUAUAAACGAGAAAAUAGAGCACGAAACUAAGAGAAUCGAGAAACUCAAAGCAUAUUUAUCUUACAAAAAGUACGGUGUACAAGAUCCUCAUCAGAGACAUCAGCGACCGGCACGUGGACGGUCAUCAACUUCAGCUUACACCAACAAAUAUACCACACCUUUUAACAAAUAUCAAUUGCCUAAAACUCCAACCAUAAGCUCUGUAUCGGGCGCCACAUCAUCAAGCGCAAAUUGUACAAGAAGUACAAAUUUGAGUAGGCAAAGUGAUACUUUUAUGGAACAUCAGCGAAAUAAAUUCACAAUUUGAAACUCUAAUAUUAGGUUUAUUUUUGGUGAAUGCGAGUAUUUAAUUUAAGUGACUCCAUAAAUUCAUUUCCUUUCCGGUUAUCUUAAGACCUAU